UGGUGGUGCUGAGACAAGACGAGAGGCGCCCGCAAAGAGGGCAUGCGGGAACUUGGGAAGCAUUCAGGGCUGCGUGGUGCCCUUUGAAUACCAUGUGAGAAGGCCGUGCUCCACAGAGUACCGCCCAUAUACAGGGCGGUCUGGAGGAAGUAGGAAGCAGGAGGAAAGCUUGGCAAAAUCCUACCAGUCAGUGGUUGCAGCAACGCCUUGUCAGAAGUACGAGUCUGAGCCACAGUUACUGUCUCCCAUAUCCCUCGUGUUUGCUGAAGGGCAGAAGGGUAGUGCUUUCUAAACUCCAAGUCAGCCUCACUUCAUAAGCUGAUAAGCCGGCGUCAAGCUUUCACAAGAUUCUGCAAUCAGCAGUAUGCAUUGACCACACAGGUCAAAACUUUCCAACGUCCCACUGGCGUCCUAAGACCUCGAGGUUUCGUCUUUGAUGUGUUAAGCUGGAGAACAGAGAACAGAGGGAAUUGGCGUGCUCCUUGCCCUUGGAUUGCUGCAUUUACAACCAUCAAGGCAGGACCCUGCAAUAGCUGAAAACCAGGGGUGGGGUGAGAAAAUUGUGGAGCAAUGGAGGACGAUGAUACUGAUCUUUUGCUGGCGCUGCAGCCAGACGAUGCGGAACUAGGAAACGCUCAGACCAGUGCAUUUGAAGUGGAGGCAGCUGGAAGCCCCCCCGGUCCUGCAGGAGGAACGUCAGCGAGAGCAUACCACUCACCAGAGGUGGACAAGACCUUAGGCCCCAGGAGCAGAGUCUCGCUGUCUGCCGCUUUUGGCACAGCGAGGGCGGGCACUGAAGAGAAAGCCAAGGCCAAGGUGCAGAAGACUGCCGCACCGGCCAGAGAGGCGCCUAAAGGGAAACCGCGUCAGAUUCCAGGAAAGGGGGACAAUGUCGAGCCGCACUCUGGGCUCAAGAUCAAAAACCCGUUGCUUCCUAGCAUCGUUGUGAAGGAGAGGUUUGCAGGGAGCCGCUUCUUACGCCUUUCCAAAAUCAGCUCUGCUUUUCAGGGGGGCACGCCGGCCAGCCCCUGGGCGACCGCGGCAGUGCUCUCAGAGAAGAUGACCCCCCGGGAGAGUGCGUCCGGGCGCAAGUACGGCUUGUGGAAAGUCACCGACCUUGCCGGAUUCACGUGCUCGCUGUUCCUGUUCGGAGACGCGUUUGAGGCGCAUUGGAAGGAGUCCGAGGGGAGCGUCGUAGGCCUUUUGAACGCCAAGUACAAGGAGGAAAAGGGGGGUGCCCGCUCGUCGGCGCCCUUUUGCCUGAGCGCGGAGAACGGACAGCAGGUGUUCAAGCUGGGGACGUCCGCAGAUUUGGGGCUCUGCCGAGGAACGCGCAAGGACGGCAUGCCCUGUACCAUGCCCAUCAACAAGUCUGAGGGCGAAUACUGCCAGUACCAUGCGGCGGGUGCGUAUCAGAAGCUGCAGAAGCUCCAGAAGGCGCAGGAGAAAGGGCACCGUAUGGACCUUGGGAAGGGAAAGCUGAGCCGGGAGCCUCACGGCCGGGUGAUGAACAACGUGUUCGUCAGCGCGCCCCCAGCGCCGCUGCCACGUGUCGGCAAGUCAGGCGCAGUCAACGUCGUGAAGCCGGGCCAGCUACAGGAGCAGGCCGAGCAGGAGCAACGGAAGCGGUCCAACUCCCAAGGAAGCCGGCAAGCCCUGGCCGUCGCGGCAUCGAUUCAGCGGCAACAGGAGAAGAAGGCAGAUAAAGAUCGUAAUAAAGCGCCGAGCAAGCACAUGACCAACGGUGCGAUCAGACCUGGGCCCGCCAAGGCGCCUAUCGCGGCCAGAGCUGGCACCGGACCCAACGCUGACGUCACAAGGAAGGACAAAGUGACGUCAGUGCCGAAGCCGGCGUCUGCAUUCGAUAGGCAAGCUCUGGCCGGAAAGGAGAACCUGAAGCGGGUGGCAGGAGCGACGUUGGGCCUCGACGAGCGGGAGCGGAAGAGGCAGCAAUUAGAACGGAACCGUCUCCGAGCCGAAGGAAACGGGGCCCGUACCGAACAAAGAGACGUACGCACGGGUGCGGAUGGGAUCCGGACGGAAAGGAGCGAAGUGCCGUUGAGAGCGGACGGAAUCCGGUUGGAGCGGAACGGCAUGCGGGCGGGGUCGGAAGGAACCGGGGCAGUGGCGGGCGGAAGUCGGACGGAGCGGAACGGCAUGCGGACGGAGCUGGACGGAAAUCGGCCCGAAAGGAGGGACGAGCGAACGAAGGCGGACGGGGACUGGACGGAACGGGACGGGCUUCGAAGAGAAACAGACGGCGUGCCCGAGGCGGCGGAACGGAAAAACGCGAGGCGGAAUGAAGAGGGGACGGAACGAGAUAGUAAUGACGGGAACGCUGGGUCGCUGCAUGAGCCACCCGAGGGGGAUCACCAAACAGCCGACGGGUGCGGAAGCGUGAAAAUGGGUGCCAGCACCCCAAAGAUGGAGAAUGGGGAGGCUGCGAGAGGGAAGCUGACAGAAGAAGUGUUGAGAGCAGCGCUGAAAGGGGAGGCUGUGCGGGGAAAGCUGACAGAAGAAGCGUUAAAAGCGGCGCUGAAAGGGGAGGCUGAAGAGGCUCCGAGGCUGCGGAUCGAGAAGAUGCGGAGCGAGGCAGCGGGGGUUGUUGAGCCGAAAGUUCGAACAAAUGAGACUGGGAAGCGAGGGGAAGAGUUGGAAAGGCAGAAAGAUGCAGGGACUGAGAGAGGAAAGGGGACAGAAAAAGACGGGGGCCAGGAGAGUCUGAAGGGACGUGGCAUUGGUGCAAGUGGAGAAGGUGGAAGCAAGACCAACGCUGGGGAGAGAUUAAAAACCGGAAGUGGAACCGAGAGGUUGCCUAAUGUGAGGACUCCAGAUGGGGAAGGAAGAGGAAAAGACCACGUUCAACCAACGGAAAGGCCGGAGCGAGAAACGCUGACGCAGCGAAAGCACCGUAUUGCCGCGCGCGUGGCGAAAAUGGACGACAGAGGGAUGAGAGCUGUGGGAGGCUUGAAGGGGAGUGUCCGGAGACCUAACGCUCCCGAAAGCGUGGACAGGUUAGCGUCAAACGGUCUGAAGGAGAAGGGAGGUACGUCCGAGAAGCGCCCGACACCGGACGGUGUGGAACAGGCCGCGAAGCGUCCGGGAUUUGAGACAUCUUCUGAGAGGGAAGGGUUGAAACCCAGUCGCGGAACGGCUUCGGUUGACGAGAAUGCUGGUCUCAGCAGCCGACAAGAGGCUGGCCGGGAGAGGAAAGAAACUGUCCGGGAGCAGCUUCAUUCGGAAAAGACGGGUUCUGGCCGCAACAAUGGUGCGACUGAGAGGGGGCCGGAGAGCGGCACAGGAGUUCCAAGCGCCAAGGGCCCAAGCGAUAACGUCAGCAAGGCCGCCGAUGCGGAAGCGUCUAGAAAGAGGCCAAGCGAUGACGUCAGCAAGGCCGCCGAGGCGGAGGCGUCGCGGAAGAGGGCCACUGACGGCGGCGAGGCAGGGGGCGACCAAGAAAAGGAGCGACCUUAUAAGUGCGCGUACUGUGAGUCGCGCUUCAAGACUGGAGCGGCACGAAGAUCGCAUGAGCAUACUUCCGCGACUUGCAUCAACCAGCAGGUUAUGAGAGAACUUAGCGCCAAGGGAAACGAAGGCCAUGGUGAUGCCAAGAAGCAGAAGCCGGAUGUGGUCGAACCAGCGACCAAGUCGAGUCCAAAGGUCGAGGAGAGGGUUCCUACGGAAUUCUCGGAGAUGAGGCCACGUGUCCAGAAACGGACGCUGGAGGGGCCUCCACGGGAAGACGUGGCGAGGCUGAAGCGGAGGAUUGUGGAGGAGAGCGCAAAGCUCAGCGCGCAAGAAAGGGAGGAGCUCGUGGACCUUCUAAGAAGCAACAACAAAGAGGGCCGAUCGAUCAUUGCCGGUCAGCGCAUCAAGAAAGUCUCAGCGUCAAGCGGCGAGGGUAAAGAAAGAGACCCCCAAGAAGGAGGCCAGGGGCCACGUGUCAGGCCCGCGGACGGACACGUGGCAAUUAAGAAAGGGUUUGCAGCAGCGUUUCGGGACGUGGCGGGGAUGGAGGAGGGGCCUCGCGAGUCUGUCUUCAGAGACAUGGGCGAUGCGGAGGAGAUUGAGCGCGCCUUGGGCUCGUUUGACAUCCUGGAGAAGAAGGAGGAGCUGGCCGCCAAGAUGGACAAGAUCCAGUCCGUCACCGUCAAGGGCUGGCGCUGCGACCAGUGCCGUCGGUCCACUGAGAAGAAGCCGGACCUGUGCGUGUCCGAACACCACCCGGUCCGCUUCUGUCCGAAGCUGGUGAAGCGCUUCUGGGCGUGCGCGGUCUGCAAGGAGCGGACGGACACCGUCGGGAAAGAGUACCCGGACGUGCACUGCCGGAAGUGCGACGGCAUGCAUUUCAAGCCGACCGGGAUGCGCUACGCGGUGCCUACAAAGGAGACUGCAUACGCGGCGCGGGAGAACUUUAUGGCCCGGGGAAAGGAGCACGCCUUCAGCCUUCGUGACGAGUGA